UGGCCUUUGGCCUACUUGCUGUUUAUUAUUGCAAAAGCUGUAAAUAAUUUUAAAAUAAAGCAAAUGUAGAACUAGAUAUUUUUCUUUCCUUUAUUCUUUAUAAAGUUUAGUUAACUAAUUUCUCUGGACAUGAUUAAUUAGAUUAAAAAAUGCCCAGCAUCAGAAAAUAUCGACGUGACACGACCGAAGUCAGCUGUUGUUUAAAAUAUGUAAUUUUUGGAGUAAAUGUAUUAUUUUGGUUCCUGGGUCUUAUUGUGUUGGCUGUGGGCAUAUGGGCAUGGACAGAGAAAGAUACAUUCAAUAACUUGUCUCGCUUGACUAAUAUUGCUUUGGAUCCAGCAUUCAUUUUAAUAUGUGUCGGUACAAUAACAUUUAUAAUUGGCUUCACGGGAUGCGUGGGUGCCUUGCGUGAGAAUACGUGCCUAUUAGCUUGUUAUGCAGUAUUCCUCGCUCUUCUUCUAUUGGCAGAAAUGACGGCUGGGAUAUUGUUCUUUGUGUUUAAGGAUUGGAUAAAACAACAAGCGACAAGCGGUUUUCAGACGUUCAUCACACAUUAUAGAGAAGAUCCCGAUCAGCAGAAUUUGAUUGACUGGAUCCAAGAAGAUUGGCUUCAAUGUUGUGGUGUCGAAGGUCCCCGGGAUUGGGAUCGUAACGCCUACUUCAACUGUUCAAGUGGCGCGGUCGGGUCCCGCGAAGCGUGCGGUGUGCCUUUCAGCUGCUGUCGGAAUAAACCGCAGGACAUCAUAAGGAAUAAACAGUGCGGAUAUGACGUCAGGAAACCUACUUACCAAGGGAGUGAGCGCGUGAUCCACGAGCGCGGAUGUCUGGUCGCGGGGGAAGACUGGCUUCAGCGACAUUUCGCAUCCGUCGCGGCCGCAGUACUGGGACCGCUCGCAUUAAAGAGUUUUGACAUAGCUAAGAUAAUAUAUGACAAGGGUUGUCUAGAGGCUGCUGAGGAGUGGUUCGACCACAAUCUGUUGAUUGUAGCCACGUCCGCUGUUUGUACCGCUUUUGCACAAAUCCUCGGCAUCUGCUUCGCUCAGAACCUACGGGCGGACAUAUUCGCCCAGAAGGCGAAGUGGCACUGACAAUCAGCGUCUCCUGCGGCGGUGUGAUGCGACGCGCGCACCCUCGGCCCUCCCGCCCGUACUCCGCCCUCUGAUGGUAUGACACAUCUCUCAACCCCUAACUGAAUUCAUUUCUAACUCAAAUAUUUCUGACCAAAUUCGAUACAUAAAAAUUAUUUGUUUAAGAAAUAUCUAUUGAAUCUCAUGAAUUUUAUUUGUGAUUUAUAUAUGCUUGGUUUUAAUGUGAUAUGAAUUGAUGAAAAUAUUGUUAUUCAUCAAUAUAAUUCUUUUUUUUAACUCAUUAAAAACAUUAUCCUUUGGAUAAAUAUAAUAAACAGACGUUUUUAACGCUUAUCAAAUUUAUAUAUUUUUUAAAUUUCUGUUUUCUCCGAUUUUUUUUUAUUUAGUUUCUAUUUCAUAUGGUUUUUUAGUAAUAAUAAAUACGAUGUCAAUUCAUAUCACAUUUAUACUAAUAUUGGCAGUGUAAAAUUUUCUUAUAAUAAAAAAAAAAGAAACUAUUUUGUACUUAAAAUUGAUUUUCAUUAAUUUGAAAAAGAAAAAAUACUGCCGUUAAAUAAAACCUGCCAGUAUUUAAACUUCAUAAAUUGAGUGUUGUCAUUUUACUGUAUAAUUAUUAAUCUAUAAAACUAAGUUCGUUUCACUGUUAAAAGAUUAAUUUCAUCUUGCUAUCCCUACGGCUUCGGUGAUAAAAAAAAAAAUCUAUCCAACCUCUUUAUCUUGAAAUUUCUAUUCCUCAAGCGUCUAUGCUUAAUUGUUGUUAAUGAAAUUGUUGUUAUAAAUAUUCAGCGUGUUUUCGACUUCAAUAUAAAUUAAUUUAUAUUUUUAAAACAUUUCUUCGAUGUAAUUCUGUUUCAAUGGUUGAAAGUAAUAGUUGAUAAUACUAUGUAGCCUUCAAAUAAUAUCGUGGGUUCAAACCCGGGCAAGCACCACUGAAUUUUCAUGUGCUUAAUUUGUGAUUAUAAUUUUUCUCGUGUUUUACGGUGAAGAAAAAUAUUGUGAGGAAACCUGCAUGUGUCUAAUUUCACUGAAAUUCUGCCACAUGUGUAUUCCACCAACGCUGGUUGCAUUGGAGCAGCGUGGUGGAAUAAAAUUCAAACCUGUUCCUCAAAAUGGGAGAGGAGGCCUUAAGCCCAGCAGUGGGACUUUCACAGGCUGUUACGGCCUCAAAUGUAUUCAUAUAGUUACAUUUUGCUGUAUUUUGUUACAAAUGUAAGUAUUGAAGUCGAUUAGUGUCAUUGUGUGUUCAAUUAAUGUCCAUUAAGCCUUAACGGGAGCUGUGAGAUGAAUUUAGUAUUGGAAUUAAAGUAUUAUAGAUCUAUAUGUAUAUGAAACAAUGUUGAAGCUGUAGAGGUAAUUGUAAAACGAAAUAAUAUUCAUAAUAAGGUUGCUGCGGGUUUCAGAAUUUACAAGGCCAAUGCCAAAAUAUAGGCAAUUUUUUUCAAGGACAAUAUUAGAUGAAUUGUUGCUGGCCAAUAAUUUUCAGGCACCAUCAAAGUGUUCUUAAACAUAAAAUGCCUUUAUUAAAUAUUGUGUAAGGUGUUAUUAGUUAAACAAUGCUGUGUCUUUGUCAUUCAAAUGUCAAAUCAAGGAUGACAGAUAGAGAGAGAUCACUGUUUAACUUAUGAUCUUCUAAUUAACGUUUAUAAGUAAGGCCGAAAAUGUAUGACUUAUUCGUGCAUUGUUGUACUGAAAAUUCUUGGCAACCGAGAUGAUUUGCCUUCACACGAUUUAAAAUCUCAGAUGUUAAGAUGGCGGAGAUAUUUUUAUGCAUUUAGGGUCGUGAUAUGAGCUGCAGGAGAAUAAUGGCUGACAAUAUGAUUAGUUAUAAAAUAUUUAAAGUAUUACUAUAUAAGAUUAACUCUUUAGUGAUUAGGAAAUACUCAAUUCAAUUUAUAAAAUUUAUUUUGUCAUUUAAUUAUAAGACGUGGAAAUUAUUGAUAAUGUGAAUUUGGACGCAUAAUUUAUUUACAAAUAUCGCACAAUUAGGAAGUAUUAUGUUAUGAUAUUAUUUACAAUAUAAUUGUUUAAUAUUGAGUGUUUAAGACUUUAUAUAUUUUGUAGUGUUAAAAUCGUUGAUAGUUUUUCAUUUAUUGCGAAUAUUUUGAAUAUGGACAUAUAACUAAUAUAUAUGUAUAUAUAAAUAACUGUUGUUUUAGACUAAUUGAGAAAAUAACGAACCAUCACUAAGCUAUCUUUAAUUAUUAAAAGGUAUCAUGAGGUCUGUUUUACAAAAUAUUUUUAAUAUUCUGUAUUUUUUCUCAUAAGUAAAUAUUAUAACUAAAAAUUCCAUCCAAAAUAUGUGAAGUGUUAAUCUUAAUAUUGUUAUAAAAUUAGAUAAAAUAGUUGUAGGGUAUUAAUAAGUGGUGUUGCAAUGUCUUCCACCUGUCCAGUAUCCUGAUAUGUCAUUUUAAUCCUUGUAUCGUAUACAUUAAAAUUUAAACUAUUAUUGAUCGUUUAGAAUAUUUAAUUAAACUAAUAAUAUUCAAUUCUAAUAAUUUUACUGGUGGUAGAGCUUUGUGCAAGCUCGUCUGGUUAGGUACCACCCACUCAUCAGAUAUUCUAUCGCAAAACAGCAGUACUUGGUAUUGUUGUGUUUCCGUUUGGAGGGUGAGUUGGCCAGUGUAAUUACAGGCACAAGGGACAUAACAUCUUAGUUCCCAAGGUUGGUGGUGCGUCUAUGGGCUUUGGUGACCACUUACCAUCAGUUGGCCCAUAUGCCCGUUCGCCUUCCUAUUAUAUGUAUAAAAAAAAUCGAUGGAAAUAUUACAAGAACAAAAAAACUUCUUACAUAACAUUUAGUAAAGAACCGCGAGUAUGCGAGUCCAGUAGAACUUUUCUGUAUACAAAUUCGAAACUUACCUCAAAAAACGAACGUAAUAUGUCAAAAAGUGAUUUGCGACGUUGAUUAUAAUAAUUAUAGCAAUAAACCGUUUUAAUCAAGUUUGUUAUAAAAUUUCACGAAUGAGUCACGAAAAUAUGUUCUUACAGAUAUGCGUUGUAGCUCUCACAUGAAACUGGAUAUUGAAUAUGAACAAAACUAGUUCGAGAAGUUGUAAAAUAGACCUCAUUAUAGUCUUAUAAUCACCGUGUUUGCCUUAAACAACAUUCCUUUGCAUAUUCCUCAAAUAACAGGACAAUAAUAUUUCGUAUACUUAAAUUUGUAGUCGAUGAUCUCUUAUAGUCGAUCGGUUUUAAAUAUUCCGUGUAUACACUGCCUUACAGUAUUUAUAUAUUGUUACAAUCUCAUUUUGUGCUUAUAAAUAAGAUUAACUAUAUUGCCUUUUUUGUAAUUCUAGAUUAGGAUUAAAAUAAUUCUUUUAUAUACUUAGUGUAACAACUAUUAUAUUAAACGUGUGAAAUUAAAAAAAAAAAACUUUUUUUUAAUUUGUUGAUCUGUAAUUUAUAAUAUUAUUAUUUAUCUGUGCAAACUUGUUUGUUUAGACAAAAUUGACGUUUCUGUGUGAACUAUUCUAAUUUUCCAAGGGUUCUAUUGACACUUCCUGUUAGUGACUCAUUUGCCUAUCAUUGUGUAAUUAACAAAAAUAACCGUUUUUAAUUUUGAACCAUGCAAAUGUUGAAUGUAUUAAUUAACUUUAAUUAUAUAUAUUUUUUGUAUACUUUUUGUAAUGGUUAGUACGAAUAAGUUUACAUGAGAUUGAUUUAUUCAGUGUAAAAUCGCCAUGUAUUUAGUAUAUUACGUGUUUUUCAGAAUAGCUUAGGAUGUCAUAUUAUUUCGUAUGGAAUUAAUAAAAAACAACAUAUUUUUUACGAAAAUAAAGUAUAAAAUGCU